AUGCCACCUAAAAGGAGGAAACUUUUGGGACGGCGCACGGCAGCUGCCUCCGCUGCUAGAGCAGCGAGGGCGAGUGAAACCCCUGAACAGACUUCUUUGCGUCUUUCACAGAUGGCCUCGAGCUCAGCUGCUCGCUUAUCCAUGGAAAGCGCCGCUGCGCGGACUGAAAGGUUGGCUUCAGCGGCUUCAACUAUGUCCUCACGCCGCGCCAGGCUUUCAGUUGAAGAACGUUCACUUCAGAAUUCACAGGGCGCAGUCCGCGUGGCUAGGUUGAGGGCUUCACAGUCCCCAGCACAGAAAACCCUUCGUCGUUUGCGUGAUGCCAUCGUCAAAGCUUGCUCCAGGAGUUUAGAAAGCCCCGAACAAACAACUUCACGUCGUCAUAGGAAUACUAGGGCUACAGCCGCCUCUAGAGCUUUGGAACAACCUCAAGAAACCGCUCAUCGUCGCUUUAGAAAUGCCCUAUCCACCGCAUCUGCCAGAGCCUUAGAAAGCCCUGCACAGACCACUGUUCGUCGCAUUAUAAAUGCCCGCUCCACUGCAUCUGCUAGAGCCCUAGAAAGCCCUGCACAGACCACUGUUCGUCGCGUUAGAAAUGCCCGCUCUACUGCAUCUGCCAGGGUUGCAGAAAACUCUGAAGUACGCCGUCAACGGCUCGAAAACAUUAGCUCAUUUCGAGCUUCUUUGAAUGGCGUAACUUCGCCGUCUGCAUCAUUUUGGUCAAAUGUCGCAUACAAUUAUGACUGCACUGUCAACUAUUCCGCUAGGAGAGACGUACAAAUAGGGGCCAUGGAUAAAGUUUGCACUUUUUGCAACGCAAAAAAGUGGGCCGGUGAGCAACCUGGGCUUUGUUGCUCUGGGGGCAAAAUCAAACUCCCUUCUUUAGACGAGCCUCCCCAGCCACUUAGGGACCUCCUUCUGGGUACAACUUCGGAGUCAACGCAUUUUCUUGAAGCAAUACGGAAGUAUAACUGUUGCUUCCAGAUGACGUCUUUUGGUGCGAAGGCUAUUAGUGAAGGGGGAUGGAUGCCUACUUUCAAAGUGCAAGGCCAGGUUUACCACUUAAUGGGAUCACUUUUGGCUGAUCAGGGAGAGCCACCUCAGUUCCUACAAAUUUACUUUCUCGCAGACUACAAUGAGCAGGUUGAUGCGCAUCUCGGCAUUCUGCCUAGCGAUAUUUCCAUUGGUCCCCGUAGAGACAUUCUGUUCCGUCUACAAGACAUGCUUCACGAAACUAACAGUUACAUCCGAAGCUUAAAGUUUGCAUUGCAAAACAACUCUUUGCCCUCUUUCAGUGUUGUCAUUGAUGCAGACAGACCGCCUCACGGUGAGCAUGAGCGUCGCUUCAAUGCUCCUGUAUGUAAUGAAAUUGCCGCAGUCAUCCACGGUGAGGAGCAUAACAGCCGUGACAUUGUCAUAAAAUACCAGGGCGGUGGUCUGCGCUGCAUCAGUGAACUCCACCUUUCAUACGACUGUCUCCAGUACCACUUUCUUUUUCCAUACGGAAGCGAUGGGUACCACUUCAAAAUCCCAAUAUGCCAGGCAAGCAGCGAUUCCAUGUCGACCUCAAAGACAGUCUCCUGUAGGGCUUACUACGCCUACAUGUUUAUGGUUAGGGAGGGUCAGCAGUACUCACACCGCCCUGACCUAAUUGCCCGCGUUUUCCGGUUACAGCUGCGUAAGCUUAUGGAUUUGAUCCUUAAAGGGCAAGUCUUCGGACGCGCCAAGUGUCAUAUGUACACAGUGGAAUGGCAGAAACGCGGUUUGCCUCAUGCCCACAUCCUGCUGUGGCUCAACGAUAAGGUUGACGCAAACAAAAUAGACGAUUUUAUUUCUGCUGAAAUUCCGGAUCCUGCGCUGGAGCCUUUGCUCCACGAAAUCAUUAAAAAAAAUAUGAUACACGGCCCCUGUGGUGCGAAUUACGAAAAAAGGUCAUGUUGGUCAAGCGGCCCCACUUGCGCAAAGGGUUACCCCCGUAAGUUUAUCUCAGAAACGCAGACUGCGACGGAUGGUUACCCACUGUACAGACGUAGAAGCCCCGCUGAGGGCGGCAGAACUGUGACAGUUAAGGGGCACACUCUGGACAAUAGUUGGGUGGUGCCUUAUUGCCCGCUGCUGUCCAAGACUUUUGGAGCCCACAUAAACGUUGAAUACUGCCACUCGGUUAAGUCAAUAAAGUACAUCUGCAAGUACGUUAAUAAAGGCAGCGAUGCUGCCGUCUUCGGUAUCCGGCGCGACAAUUGCGUUGACGAGGUGGCCGAUUACGUGGCUGGACGCUAUCUCAGCAGUAGCGAGGCCUUUUGGCGAAUUUUCGGAUUCCCCAUACACCAAAGGGCUCCAGCCAUUGUGCAGAGGAUCGUAACAGCCCAGGAGUUGAAUGCGGUUUCACUGACUUCAUAUUCAACAGAGCGCUGGUGGCCCUAG